GUUUAAAUUUCGCAAAGAUAUUUGGCCCGAACAAUCGAAGAGUUUUGCAAUACAUACACUGGUAUAUGUAAACAACGCUGGUCUGCGUUGUUACGGCCGCGGAGAUGAAUCAACCCCCUCCCCCACCGUCAUAUGUCGCCCCUGGGCAAGGACAACCUCCGCCCCCACCGGGAGGGACCCAAAUUGUCUACACCCAUCAGCCGACUGCCCUUUCAGCCGUUAAUUUCAAUCAGUAUCCUGUCGCCAUGAAAUGUCACUACUGCCAGGCCUCUAUCACUACCAGUACUAAUUAUGAGGCGGGGGCGUUAACUUGGGUGGCGUGUUUCGUCAUUGCAUUCAUUGGAUGUUGGUGCGGAUGCUGCUUCAUUCCGUUUUGUUUGAACGAUUUAAAGGAUGUGACCCACAACUGUCCGAAUUGCAGACAAACCCUCGGAAAAUUCAGCAAAAUGAAAUAGUUAUAUUAUCGUGAAAUAGAGUGUGUAUUUGUAAAUAAAGAAAACUGUAUAUUAACAAAGUAAAUACUACUUUAUCUCUGUGGACAAUUAUAACCUCGAAGUGAUUAAGUUUACCUAAAGAAGAUGAAUACAAUCUUUUUUCAUGUUCUAUAGAUAUGCAAUGCAGUUAUUUUUAUGCAGACGAUGAUCACCUGUACACUUUUUUUCUAGUCUUUUGUCGUAUUAGAAUGCAGCUAUCUUGACCACUUCAAACUCAAAGUCAACGAUAAAUAUGAAACAAUAAACUUGAAAAUUUAA